CCACCGUGGCGAGCGAGGCUCCGCCCGGCUCCCGCGGCCCGCAGCCGGCCGGCACCCACCCCGCGGCGGGCUCCCGCUCGCCCGGACUAUGAGGAGCGGGAGCGGGCGGGGGGUGGCGGCAGCGGCAGAGGCCCCGGUGCGGCGGGAGCGGGAGCGGGGGCGCCGCCGCCGCCGGCCGGGUCAUGCCCGUGCGCCCGGGGCGGCGGGGCUGCGGGCUGCGGCGGGAUGGGCGCGCUCCGGGCCGGCACCCUCGCCUUCCUCCUCCUCCUCCUCCUCGGCUGCCUCCUGCCGCGGCGCGGCCCCCUCAGGCUGGUCUCAGCGCGGGAGGAGAUUAAAGCUGCUACCCGAAGCUUGCCCCAGCCCAUGUCACCCUCUGAUUUCCUGGACAAGCUUAUGGGACGAACGUCAAGGUCCGCCUGUCAACGUGACAUGCAACAUCUUCAUCAACAGCUUCGGCUCCAUCACCGAGACCACCAUGGACUACCGGGUGAAUGUCUUCCUGCGGCAGCAGUGGAAUGAUCCCCGCCUGUCUUACCGUGAGUACCCUGACGACUCCCUCGACCUCGACCCCUCCAUGCUCGACUCCAUCUGGAAGCCAGACUUGUUCUUUGCCAACGAGAAAGGGGCCAAUUUCCACGAGGUCACCACUGACAACAAGCUGCUGCGCAUCUUCAAGAACGGGAAUGUGCUCUACAGCAUUAGGCUGACGCUGAUCCUGUCCUGUCCCAUGGACCUCAAGAACUUCCCCAUGGACAUCCAGACAUGCACCAUGCAGCUGGAGAGCUUUGGCUACACCAUGAACGACCUCAUCUUCAAGUGGCUGGAGGAACAGGAGGCCGUGCAGGUGGCAGAGGGCUUGACGCUCCCACAGUUCAUCCUCAGGGAUGAGAAGGACCUGGGCUAUUGCACCAAGUACUACAACACAGGCAAGUUCACCUGCAUCGAGGUGAAGUUCCACCUGGAAAGGCAGAUGGGUUACUACCUGAUCCAGAUGUACAUCCCCAGCCUGCUCAUCGUCAUCCUCUCCUGGGUCUCCUUCUGGAUCAACAUGGAUGCAGCACCGGCCCGGGUGGGCUUGGGCAUCACCACCGUGCUCACCAUGACCACGCAGAGCGCUGGCUCCCGUGCCUCCCUGCCCAAGGUCUCCUAUGUGAAAGCCAUCGACAUCUGGAUGGCCGUUUGCCUGGUCUUUGUCUUUGCUGCCUUGUUGGAGUACGCAGCCGUCAACUUUGUCUCCCGCCAGCACAAGGAAUUCAUGCGUCUGCGCCGGCGCCAGCGGCGGCAGAGGAUGGGCCUGAGCAGCGGGACAGCCAGCCUGGAGUCCCUGCGGCAGCUGAGCAGCCGGCAUGGCGGCGAGCACACCUACGCGACGCUCUUGCAGCACUCCAGCUCCCGGGAAGAAGAGCUCGUCCGCGAGAGCCGCUUCUACUUGCGAGGCUACGGGCUCGGUCACUGCCUGCAGCCGAAGGACAGGGCUGGGGAAGGUCCAGGCAUCUACAGCCCCCCCCCCACCAGCAUGCUGCUGCGGGAAGGGGAGAGCCUCCGCAGGCGCUACAUCGACCAGGCCAAGCGCAUUGACACCAUCUCCCGAGCUGUCUUCCCCUUUACCUUCCUGGUCUUCAAUAUCUUCUACUGGGUCAUCUACAAAGUGCUGCGCUCGGAGGACAUCCACUCGGUGCCCUGAGGCCCAGAAAAGCGUGACUGCCUCUUGGUCUGACCCCAGCCCUGUGCACCUGGGCGCCACGAGUUCAGCCAGAACCAUGUUUCCCUCUGUCCCAGAACAGUAGCACAGCCGGGCUGCGCCUUGGAGCCUGGACAUGUGGCAGCCCCCGUAUCCCUUUGGAUGCCGAGGCACCAAGCAGGAGAGAUCAGCAACCCCAGGUCCCCACAGUCAGCUGGAGAGAGAAACCCUGCCUACCUCCUGUAUGGUGUCACCUCUGGGUACCCAGGGAUGUGGUGCUGCUGGGGGGCCCAGGUACCUGGGGCUGCUGCACUGCUAUGACACAGGAGAGCUCUCAGUACUUUGGGUUGGUGGCCAGGGAACACCACCUUCCAGCCAAACACCCUCCACCUCUCCGCACCUUCCAUGUCAGGCUGCUGCUUCUGCAGGCUGCAUCACUGAGCUGUGGCUCAUGAGCAGCCAGGUGAGAGGUUGCAGUCCUCUCUUCCCCUGCCCUGGCGCUUGGUUGCAGGAAACAGCAGGCAGCACCCCCUACCUGCACCCAGACUGUGUGAGGUGCUGGCUAUUGCCCCAUAGCCCCCGGCCCGUCAAUGGACAGGGCCCCUCCAGCCCCCAGCUAGCUCCAACACACAGCAAAGCAGCAGGUCAGUGAUGCUUCCUUCCCUGCAAAGCCCAGAGCUGCCCGUGAUGCCCACGGCCACAGGCAGGACUGUGGCAGGGACACUGUGCAGGAUGCUGUUUCCUCCAAGGAAAUGCCAGCCCUCGGGCAGGCAGGAGGCAAGCUCAAUCCCACUGACAGUGAAGGGGUACAGAUGGCCAUUGCAGCCACAGAUGGGAGGCACCUGGCACCAGGGAGCCAGUGCUGCACUAUCUGCAGGGUAGGGCCCACAGCCUGUCCUCCAAGGGAGAUUUUUCAGAAUGAAAGUAGUGGGGGCAGCUUGGCCGAUCCCUUUGGAGGAAUAGAGUGAGUGACAGUGUCCCCACACUGCUGUGUUCCCACAGCACCACAGUGCUGGCAAAGAGUCAGAGGUGAAAACUGCCUGGUUCCCCAGCUCUCUCCCCACCCAGGCACUCAGGCAUGGCGUCUCCUGGGCAGGUUCAACCCUGCUGCUCCUCCACCGGAGAGGAGAGCAUCCGAAACCUCGACAGGACAAGCUCAGCAAGGCUUCCAGUCCUCCAGAUCUGGAUAUCCUCCGUGCUUAGCAGGAAAUAAAAGCAGUAGGUGAUGUUUAUGUAGGUCCUACAGAAAGAAACGUGUUAAUGCUCUCCUUUCCCCUGCUCACAGCCGGCCCGGGGAGGGGGGUUGCAGCCCGGUGGGGUCUGUUCUCCCAUGGCCCUUGGGUGCAGGAGAAGGCCCAGCGUCUUCCAGGCAGGGCAGGAUGGAAACGGGAUUCAACCCUUUCCUUGGAGGCUGCGGUGCCACCAUGGCAUGUCAAAGGCCCUGGUGACCCACCUGUCAUGUCAAAAAGGACCCUGCAGGGCAGGGGGAUGUGGGCAGGAGGACAGCACUGCCUGCUGAAGCCUGACCCAGGCAUAAGCCCCCGCCAUGGUCCCUGGCCCCACUCCUUGGGCAGGCAUCACUCUCUGCCCCACAUGACUCACCGGGAACAAAGCCCUGCACCCCCUGCCCCCUGCCCAGCCCCCCGAGCCUUGCCGAGCGCUCAGCCGCGCACACACAUUUCACAGAUGGGGCAAGCAGAGAACCAGCCCCAGGCCAUGUCCAGGUCCCACAAGGAUGUGCCAAGCCAGCUCCAUCCCACCACCAGUGCUAUACAUGCAUUCCCCACUAUGGGGGACCCCACAGGGUCCCACUGUGUGUUCAGGCCAGGCUUUUGAGGCUUGGUUUUGGGGACCCCAUUUGGAGGAGGAUGAUGGGUGCACCUUGUCUGCUUGUGUCACCUGGCAUAUGGCCCCCCAAGGCAGUGCCGAACGGGGAGGUGCCAGUGCCCAGGCACUGGGCAGCCAAGCUACCCUCUAGCAGUUGUGGGUUUUUUAACAGCAUGACUCUUCCUACGCAAAUAAAGAUUUUUUGGGAUUUUCA